AUGCCGAUGAUUGAGGUGAUCGCCAACGACCGUCUUGGCCGCAAAGUGCGUGUCAAGUGCUCGCCGGACGACACGGUCGGAGACCUGAAGAAGCUCAUUGCAGCGCAGACUGGUACGGCGCCGCAAAAGAUCAUCCUCAAGAAGGCGUACAGCACCUUUAAGGACCAUAUCACGCUCGCCGACUACGAGAUUCACGACGGUGACUCGCUCGAGCUGCACUAG